AUGCCCACCGCGCUCCCAUUCGCUCUCCCACCACACCAGCGCGCCCCUGUCCCCGCUCCCUCACAUGCCGCGCUGCCGCCCCGCGCCUCCCAUGCGGCGCCUCUUCUCCGCCAGCCCACGCUGCCUGCUCGCGCCGCACCCCUCUUGCGCCCUCCUUCUUCCCCCUCCAUUCCGCGCGUUUCCGCCAGCGCGUCCUCUGCGGCCCACGCGAGCGCGCGGUGCGCAAUUGGACCCGUAGAGUCAAGUCGCCAAUUGAACCGUUUAGGGGCGCUCUCACCGCGCCGCAUGCCGAGCGGCGCGUUGCUCUCCCCCUUCCCCGCCUCCUCCGCCGCCCGUCUUAGCAGCGCCAGCAGCGCGUGGCUUUCAGGCUCCUCCAGCGCGCGCCCACUUCCCGCGCGCACCUCAACUCCACCACUCGCGCCCUCCCCCUUCACCCGCCAUUCCGCGCUCCUCCUUCCGCGCCCCGCCGUUGCGCCCAACGGCCGCGGCGGAGGGCGCAGGGGCAAUGGCCGCGUGCUGCACCCGGUGGCGUCGGUGGCGCAGGGGCGGGUGGUGGUGGGGGCGCAGGUGCAGCGCGCCACAGUGCUGGUGGCGCAGCAGCCCGACUGGACGUGGCUCGGCAUCCCCGCAGACAUGGACGCCCCCGCCUCCCCCUCCUCCUCCAUCCCUCCUCUCUCCGCCCGAGCCUCCCUGCAACGUCAGGCUCGGGACGUAGCCUCGGUGGCAGCAGCAGAGGAGAGGGACAGGCUUGCGCUGCAAGGGGCACAGAUUGAGUACCGAGGGGAGGGGGGCGCGCAGGGGGCGCAGGGGCUGGGCGGAAGGGGAGGGGAGGGCGAGGCGGGUGCCAAAGGGGAAGGGAGAGUAGUUGGGGGCACGGAGGUGGGUGGGGGUAAGGCCAGGGUCGAGUGGGAGUGGGUGGAGGACCAGCAGCAGGCGGCGGAGAGGGCAGUGAGCAACGUGCUGCGAGCGGCAGUGGUGGCGCUGGGGUGGCACGGGUACGACCAGCACCCCCUCUCCGCCACUGCGCCAGCCCCCAGUGCCCCACCCUCAACACCCUCUGCACCCCCCUCGCCCCCUCUCUCUGCCCAGGAGCACCUGCUCUCCCUCUCCGCAUCGGCGGCCCUGGCCCACUUCUCCUCCCUGCCGCCCCACCUCAUGCCCCCCCCACGCCCGCCCCCUGCCCCCGCCCCAAUGCCCACACAGCACAGUGGGAGCGAAGGGGGUGGGGGCCGGGGAUUAAGUGGUGAUGGCACGGUGGGAGGGGAGAGGAUGGCACGUGAGAGUGGCAAGGGGCGGGAAGGUCACAUGGCGGGCGGUGAGGGGCGGUCGGGGCACAUGGAGAGUGGGGGUGCUAGUGUGGGAGCGAAUGGUGAUGGCCUUUCGAGGAGGGGAGGAGACGGUAGCAUGAGCACGGAAGGGACAGUAGCAGCAGUUGGUGGGAGAGAGAGUGACGCACGAGGGGUUGAAGUGAGAGGGAGUGAGGCUAGGAUGGGUGAAGCAAGUGGCGUGGGUGGAGUGAAGUGGGGCGAGGGCGGCAGGGGUGCAGGCGAGGGGGAGGGCAGCGAGUCGGCGCUGAGAGAUGCUCUGGCGCUCGCCAUCCGCCAGCGCAUGGCCGCCCACGUGGGGGGAGGGCUCGUGGAGGGGCAGGUGGGGGGGCAGGCGGGGGGUCAUGUGGGGGGCCGGGGCGAGAGAAUAGGAGUGGAUGUGGAGCAAGAGGUGGAGGGGAGAGGGAGUGGAACGAGAGAGGUGGUGGAGGCACAAGGGGCGUGGGGCGGAGCAGCAAGGAGAGAGGAGGCUACAGACAGGGGGCUUGCCUCAGUGACUGCUGGUGCUGCCACUGGCCGUGCCACGGCCCUUCCUCUUGCUGCUGGCCUUCCUUCUCCCGCGCAACAGCAGCAGGCGCAGGCACAGCAGCACAGCGGGCAGGCACCGUCACAAGUGAGCGCGGCGGACUCGCAGCAGUGGCAGCAGGAGCGGAGGCAGCAGCAGGCAGAGGUAGCAGCAGUACAGGUGGAGCGGGCACCUCAGAGUGCGGCUGAGCCCCUGCCGCCCCUGCCAUCGCCCGCCCGCAUGUCGAAGGCGGGGUUGCCGGCGCCUGUGUGUGCGCGUGAGUGGGCGCUGCGCAAGCUGCACCCAGCAUAUGGGCGAGGGGGGCCAGAGGCGCAGGGGGGGAGAGGGGAUGGCAGCGAGGUGGGGGGGGAGAAGGGCACGCAUGGCAGUACGGGCAGGGGUGCUGGUGAGGCUGGGGAGGGGGUUACAGCACCACAAACAGCAGCAGUGGGGGGUGAAGACGGGGCAGGUGGAGGGAGGCAGGGCGAGGAGGCAGCAGGGGGAGGUGGGGGGCGGUUGGUGCCGUGCAUGGAGGGAGUGAGGGUGCAUGGCGGCACCCUCAUGCUCCUCGCUUACGGUGACCAGGAGCCACGGGUGGUGGAGCACAUAGAUGCGCAUGUGACCUUCCCCGCGCUGCCCCACUCCUACAAGCGCAUCAAGCCCCCUGGCAGCAGCGGCAAGGGAACGCGCUUCUCUACGCCUUUCCACAUGAUGCCUGGCGGUGCAGCGGCAGGGCGGAAGGAGGCGGAGGGGGGAGCAGAGGGGGGAGCAGGCGAGGGGGGAGGCGGGCUGCUGCGAGUGGCCGUGGAUGUGGACGAGGACAAGCACGAGUGGGCUGUCACUGUCACCGCACACAACCUCUUUGCACCUGUGCGUGCUCAUCUGCGUUGCUGCAUGUUCUCACCUGCAUCUGCUGUGACCAGCAGCCAGUCAAGUGAUGGAGCGGCUGCUGGAGAUCCCCUUGGAUUGGUACGGCGGGAGGGCCGACGGGCAGGUGCAGCUGUGGAUGGGGGCGGGCGAUUCGUUCCCCAACUUCAAGGGCAGGGUGGACAUCACAGACCUCGCCUUCCAAAUCUGGGAGUCCCCCUGUGCGUUCACUGUAAGGCCGCCGUUCACUGUAUGGCCACUCACACUCACACCAUCCUCACACUCACGCCACCCACACACUCACACCAUCCGCACACUCACACCAUCCGCACACUCACACCAUCUGCACACUCACACCAUCCGCACACUCACACCAUCCGCACACUCACACCAUCCGCACACUCACACCAUCUGCACACUCACACCAUCUGCACACUCACACCAUCCGCACACUCGCACCGUCCUUCACAUGAUUGUUUCCCACAUCCUCUCCCUGCCGUGUCGUCCCCUCUCUGCCUGUGCGUCGCCAUGCCCCCCCGGGGCGAGCAGGGAGUGAGCGGGGCGGUGGUGCUGGAGGGGCAGCGGCUGUUCCUGCACGGGGUGGAGGGGCGGUACGGCCACGUGCCACUGAGGGCGUCGGGGGACAUGGACCUCAACCAGGGCGCCGGGGGGCAGUACCGCAUCACAGCCCAGGUGCUCCCCCGCUCCCACCCUCUCAUGCGCUCCCACCCUCUGCGCUCCCAUGUUCCCUCUGCUGCAUUCAACGCUGCGCUGUGCUCUUCUCAGCUCACAUACGGCCUUGCCUGGUGCGUGUGUCACGCGGUGCAGGUUCAACCAGUGGAGGCGAAUCUGCUGAUGAAGACACUCAACGCCAAGCCCCUGCCAUACCCGCUGGCAGGGAGCCUGCAAGGGCUGCUCUUCUGCCGCGGGCCUCUCGAUGCGCCGAUCUUUGAAGGCACUGCUGAGCUGGCAGCAGAGCCUGCUGACGUGGAUGCAGCCGUUGCUGCGGUGGCGGGGUCGGAUGCAGCGGGGGCGGUGGAGGCGUGGCGGGGGGAGGGGGCGGUGGGGGCGUAUGACCGCGUGCCCGUGACGGCGGCCACGGCCAACUUCACCUUCAACACGGACGACUGUAGCGGAGCUGCAUGGGGUGCGGGCGGUGCCAGUGGGAGGAGGGGAGAUCCGAGGGGCGGGCACGCUGUGGGUGUGCCCUCAGGUGAGUGGGGUGUGUUCGCAGCUGCGUGCGAAUGUGGUGAUUAA